AUGACGGCAGCAGAUGAUGCGGACGAGAUGGCGCUGCGCUGCUGCGUGUGCGGCACGUCGGCGGAAGACGAUAGUAAUUACCUCAAUACAAAGAUGAAGAUGCUCAUCUCCAAGUGUGGCCAUCGAUUCUGCGAUCACUGUGUCAAGCGCGAGUUCCAGCACAAACGGGAGGUCGCGUGUGCUGCGUGUCAGAAGCCAGUGAAGAAGUCGCAGCUGCAAGACAAGACGAUCGAGGAGCUCAACUUUGCCAAGGAGACGUCGGUGCGCAAGAAAGUGACCAAAGAUUAUAACAAGACAGAAGAAGACUUUGACACACUGGACGAGUACAAUGACUAUCUGGAGAUGCUGGAGAACCUCAUCUUUGAUCUCGUGUAUGGCAACGAAGACGAGCGGGCGGCGGCACAGAAGCAGUGGAAACAGUAUCGACAAGAAAACGCCAUUUCGAUUGCUACAAACGAUGCCAAGAAAGCAGACGAAGAGCGGCGUAUUGCGCAGCUCAUUGCAGAGCAGCAGCGACUAGCUGAAGAGCGACGACAGCUGCAGCAGCGCGAGGACUCGCAGUUUGAAGCAGAUAUCGAGCGUCAGAAGGCGCAACUGAUGGAGGUAGCGCUAGGAGAGCGCGACGAGAGUGACGUCUCGACGCUGCGUGUGACGACGACGGCAAUUCCGAUCGAUCAGGCCGUCACGGCCGAGAUGGAAGCUGCAAUGAUGGGUUUCCAGCCUGGGGCUAUGGGCGGAGCUCAACCGGUCCCGGUCCCGGGAGGCAAACGUGGACCCAAUUUUGGCGUCAGCGAGUCGAAGAAGCUGCGUCGUGAGCAGCAACUGGCAGGCGGCUACGAUCCAGACUUGCACUUCAAGCGCAAUCGGACCGAGGCCUGGUGUGGUAUCUACUUCUAUCCGACGGAUAGAACGAGCGAUAGCAACGGCCCAAGCCCAAUGGAAAUCUGCUAG